UCUACACAUAACACCAAAAAAAAAAAAACAAUUCUCUCUCUCUUCGCAAAACCACAAAGAAAAAAAAGUAGAAAGACUCAAUCUUUUUGCUGAAUAAUCUCUCUUGUGGGUCUCUUCUGUGUGUAUCUAUGGAUGACAAAGGAAGAAGCUCAAAGAACAACAACAACAACAACAACAACAACAACAACAUGGAAGACGAAAUGGACAUCAAGAGAGGUCCCUGGACCGCUGAAGAAGAUUUUAAGCUCAUUAAUUACAUUGCUACUAAUGGAGAAGGUCGAUGGAACUCUCUUUCUCGUUGCGCAGGACUCCAACGCACCGGUAAAAGCUGUAGACUGCGGUGGUUAAACUAUCUUCGCCCUGAUGUCCGCCGUGGAAACAUUACACUCGAAGAACAACUCUUGAUCCUCGAACUUCAUUCCCGUUGGGGCAAUAGAUGGUCAAAAAUCGCACAAUACUUACAGGGAAGAACGGACAACGAGAUCAAAAACUACUGGAGAACACGGGUGCAAAAACAUGCAAGACAGCUGAAAUGUGAUGUGAACAGCCAACAAUUCAAAGACACAAUGAAGUACUUAUGGAUGCCUCGGCUAGUCGAGAGGAUCCAAUCCGCCUCGGCCUCAGCCACAGCAACAGCCGCAGCCACCACCACAACCACCAACACCACGGGAUCAGCCGGCACGUCAUCUUGCAUGACAACCUCUAACAAUCAAUUCAUGAAUUAUGACUACAACAACAACAACAUGGGACAACAGUUUGGUGUAAUAAGCAACAACGAUUACAUCACGCCGGAAAAUUCCAGCGUGGCAGUCUCUCCGGUAUCAGACUUGACGGAGUACUACAGCGCUCCAAACCCGAACCCGGAAUACUACUCGGGUCAAAUGGGGAAUAGUUAUUAUCCGGAUCAGAAUAUGGUGGGUCCACAGUUAUUACCGGAGAAUUAUUUCGAUUACAGUGGAUUGUUGGACGAAGAUCUAACGGCUAUGCAAGAGCAAAGUAACCUCAACUGGUUCGAAAACAUUAAUGGCGCUGCUUCCUCUUCAGACAGUUUAUGGAACAUUGGAGAAAGUGAUGAAGACUUCUGGUUCCUACAGCAGCAGCAACAACAGCUCAACAAUAAUGGUAGCUUCUGAUCAGAGCCGGCUCUAAGAUUUUAAGGGCCUCAAUCAAAAAAAAAAAAGCUGUUUUGUUUUGACAAAAAAAAGAGCUGUUGUAAAUAUUGAAAAGAACAAAAGAUAAGCAAAUUAUUAUUUAAAGAUAA